CAGAGAAGCGGACACAUUUCCUCUCAGGCAGCUCUCUGGGCAGCACAGGUCCGCGCGGGGUCCUUCUAUCACAACAACAUGGCCGCUCUCUGUAGAGGAAGACACCGGUGGAAAAGGGCUCAUUCUCUACAUGUUUUGACAAGAAACCUGACAGGGAAGUAUGACUAUGACCUGGUGGUUAUUGGUGGGGGUUCAGGAGGACUCGCCUGUUCCAAAGAAGCGUCACAGCUGGGACAGAAAGUUGCUGUUUUAGAUUAUGUGGAGCCAUCUGCUAAAGGAACCAAAUGGGGUCUCGGUGGUACGUGCGUUAAUGUUGGCUGCAUUCCCAAGAAGCUCAUGCAUCAGACUGCUCUUCUUGGCACUUCACUCAAAGAUGCUAAGAAAUAUGGCUGGCAGGUCUCAGGGCCAGCCUGCCAUGACUGGGUCACCAUGGCAGAGGCUGUUCAAAACCAUGUCAGGUCUCUGAACUGGGGUCACAGAGUUCAGCUCCAGGACAGGAAGGUUAAGUAUCUGAACAUUAAAGGAAGACUGGCGGAUGAACACACUAUUAAAGGACUAACUAAAGCAGGAAAAGAAAUGGUCCUGACUGCUAAAAACAUUGUGAUCGCCACUGGCGGACGGCCCAAGUACCCCACAAAUAUCCCUGGAGCGAUGGAGCAUGGUCUCACCAGCGAUGACAUAUUCUGGUUGAAAGAGUCACCUGGAAAAACACUUGUGGUUGGCGCCAGCUAUGUGGCUCUGGAGUGUGCCGGGUUCCUCACCGGGAUCGGCUUGGACACCACAGUGAUGGUUCGCAGCAUUGCCCUCCGUGGGUUUGAUCAGCAAAUGGCAGGCCUGGUGACUGACUACAUGGAGUCUUACGGCACUAAGUUUGCGUGGAAGUGUGUGCCAAAGAGAGUGGACAAGCUCCCUUCAGGAGCCGUGCAGGUGACCUGGAGCCACAGCGAGACCGGCAACGAGCACAGUGACACGUAUGACACAGUGCUAUGGGCCGUCGGUAGAGCCCCUGAAACUAAGGCCCUGGGUCUUGACAAACUUGGCGUUCAACUCAACAAGGAGACGGGGAAAAUACUUGUGAGCCCCGAUGAGUCGACCUCUGUGCCAAACAUCUACGCAUUCGGUGACAUUGGUGAGGGUCGCCCUGAAUUAACCCCGACGGCCAUUAAAGCAGGAAAGCUACUUGCCCGCAGACUGACUGGUCAAAGCACCGAGCUCAUGAACUAUGACAAUGUUCCUACCACGGUGUUCACCCCUCUAGAGUACGGCUGUGUGGGCCUGUCCGAGGAGGAGGCAGAGAAGAGGCACGGAAAAGACGCUAUAGAGGUCUACCAUGCUUUCUACAAGCCUCUGGAAUUCACUGUUGCUGAGCGCGAUGCGAGCCAGUGCUACAUAAAGGUAGUAUGUGAGCGGGAUGGAAACCAGAAGAUCCUUGGUCUUCACUUCACCGGUCCAAAUGCAGGAGAGGUUACACAGGGCUUUGCUUUGGGCUUCCAGUGUGGAGCAACAUAUUCUCACCUUUUGCAGACGGUAGGCAUCCACCCAACCUGCGCUGAGGAGGUUGUCAAGGUCAACAUCACAAAGCGCUCUGGCCUGGACGCCACGGUCACUGGCUGCUGAGGUUAAGCAUCUCAGUCUCUGAACACUAGUGAGUUCACAGGGUCCCUCAUUGAUGGUGGAAAGAGGUUAGCCAGGUCUCAACUUGAUCUCUCUCUCUCUCUCUCUCUCUGGCCAUUGGUACAUUGUGCUUACUGGGAUCGUGCAGGCCUGUUGUGCUGGUCAUUACUGGUUGCACAGGGUACAGUCGAUGGCAAUUUAUGAUAGCCAAGAUUGUGAUAUAAUGCCCCAUAUAACUACAUGGGGCAUAUGUGUAUGCUUUCAAAGCGCAGGGCUGUAGAUCGGGUUAGAGAGUCGUUGCCAACAAGGAACCGUCUUUUAAAUAAACAGGCUCAUCAAUCAGGAUUAAGGCCUGUGCUGGUUUUGUUGAAACCGUAGAAAUAUGGACCGAGCCGAACGUUUUUCUGAAUAUAUAUUCUUCAAAUAUUGUUGUUUCUCUGGUUGUACUUCCUGUCCAUUAGUCUUGGAGGUGACACAUACCAUAAACCCCCACCUCCCCCCAUGACACUGAUGGAUAGCCCCAGGGCCGUCGCCGCAGCGACACCACCCCAUUUCCCAUGGACACACACAAACAGUCGGUGGGCUGCCUGUCAGUCAGCCAGACCUGGAACCCUGACUUGUUUAGGGCCCACCAGAUUCCUGCAGACCCGGAGCCUUUUCUCUUCUUCCCAUGCCCUUUCCUAUCCCUGAAGAAAUACACUCGGACUAUAAACACGCGCUGUCUGAACCUGUGUGGUUGUCACAGACCAGGCGCAGGGUAACUCUAUCGAAUGUGAGAUCCGCAUUACUCAGCGUUUCCUAAAGGUGGCACUGUUGUUCUCCAUUUUUUCCAGAGCCAAGAUUGAAAGACAGAUUAAAAUACUCACUGGAUAAAACAUAAAACUGAAUACAUUCAGGGUGCACACUUAAUCCCUUUAAUCCCUAUAACAGAUAUGUGCUUUUGAAUGAAGCACAGGCUGCUUUUAUUGCUGCCAAACCGAUAAGGGUUAUCUGUUGUGUAUUUACAUGGAUGACAGGUUAGGUAUCGGGAGUCUUCACCAAGGCAGAUAAGACAAGUUGUUUAUAUCAAUAAAGCAGUAAUAGACUACCACCUUGCCAAAGGGCUCAGAUGAGGGCCAUGCUCCCUGAACUGGACAUCUUGGGUUUAUUAGGCAAAGAAAGAGGAGGAGGACUGUCAAUUCUGAGGGCUGCUAAGAGGAGGCUGCUAGGUCUCGUUUAUUUUUAUUUGAAGUCUAAUCUGUCCUGUCUGAUUAAUGAUUUCAAUGAGGGGAGCAAUAGCGGGCCAGGACUUGGAGAGAGGAAAAAGAGAGAGAGAGAGAGAGAGAGAGAGAGAGAGAGAGAGAGAGCACCACCAGCUUUAUUUGGACCCUGGCAGGAGGAAAAAGAGCUGAGUUUCAGCUCUGGUGAGGGAGGGAAGGGGAUUCCUGUGUGCUCUGUUCAGGGCUGAGGUGCUGACUGAGGAACCCUGACCUCCGUUCAGCAGGAACAGCUUGACUCUAUCACUCGGAGCACAGAGGGCUCACAUGAUGCAGCCCUGCACGGCAAGGGAUUGUGGGACUUUGGGUAAAAAGGGCAUGCGAUGGCCAGAGGACGAACUCAACCGGCCAACCAACACACCAUGGAGCGGCAGCGGCGUGUUUGCCCAGGAUGAUUGAGUCUGUGUUCCUGUGCUUAACGAGCCACUUCAGAGACCCCAGGCCGGGCCCAAGGCAACGUGAGGGAAGUCAUUGGGGCCAUCAGUAGAACUGUAAUGUCUGUUUGCUUUUUACCCUCCGCUUCCCCUCUGCUCUCUCUCAUCUGCUCUAUGGUUGUACACGAGCUAUCGCUGCUCACACACACAAAAUGAGUCAUUUUUUAUUGACCUCCGUUGAUUUCUGUUCGUCGUUGUUUAUCAGCCACUACGGACCCAAGACUUACACAACACUGAGCGUCAGCUGUUUCACACAGAGGGGGGUCGGGGUUCAGUUUUCACGUAGGCCAGCUAAUGAUGACCUGCACUAAAAGCCAAAGCUGGAGAGUGCAAGCCUGAUGUCACCUGGUCUCUAACUUCAGUGUUUGUAAAUAGAGAAGUGUAAUUUUCCAUUAAAGCUUUAUUAUACAGUACAUAAUUUAUAUGUAAAGUACUGAUGAUUGGACAACCAAUAAAUAAAUCACCAAUAAAGUAAUGAUGUCUAACUGAG